CCAAUAAAACCCGCAUCGCGUCUCUCUCUUCUCUCGCCCUUCCUUUCCCCCGUCUCACUGGUUUUCGAAACCCUACGCUUCUCCGAUCAUUCUCCGAUCAUCGAUCGAAGCUUGAAGGCGAUCAUGCCGCUCUUCCUCUCCGAGGAAGAGUUUCGGCUCUGCUCUCGCGAUCCGUCGCUUGUGGCGGAGCGCGCUGAUGCUUUCAUCAUCGAGCUCCGGAGGCAGCUUGACACGGUGCGCGCCGAGGCGGAUGCUGCCUCCAUUGCUGCCGAGCAGACAUGCGCGCUUCUUGAGCAGAAGUACGCAGCUCUGUCCUCGGACCUGUGUCGCCUCCAGGCGGAGAACGCGCAGCUUGCUGCUUCGGCCGAGGGGCAUCUCUCAGAGCUCGCCGAGGCUAGGGCGGAAAAGCAUCAGCUUCAUCUUAAAGCUAUCGGAAAAGAUGGUGAAAUUGAAAGGAUGAAUGUGGAAGUAUCGGAGUUACACAAGUCGAAGCGGCAGUUGCUCGAACUAGUUGCUCAGAAGGAUGUGGCGAUUAGCGAGAGAAACGCUACCAUACAAAGCUACCUGGAAAAGAUUGUUGAUUUGACUGAGAGUACAACAUCAAAGGCAGCUAUUAUACAUGAGAAUGAAGCAGAGCUGUCACGAUGUCGUGCGACAUGUGAACGUCUUUCCCAGGAGAAAGAGUUGAUUGAAAAGCAUAAUGCUUGGCUUAAUGAAGAAUUAAAUACCAAGGUUAAUAGCCUCAUUGAGCUCCGGAAAAAACAUAUGGAAGUUGAAGUUGAUAUGUCUGCUAAGAUUGCUGAUCUUGAAAAACAAUUGGAUGAUUCUUCUAAUUUGUACAAGCGGAGCAAAGAUAGAGUCCAUGAACUGGAAGGAAAACUGACAUCUCUGGAAGAAGACUUACACUUAUCAAAGGAUGCUGCUGCUAAUAAUGAGGAGAGGUUGGCUGUUGAGCUUUCAACUGUUACUCGACUAGUUGAACUACACAAAGCAAGCUCUGAGGAAUGGUCCAAGAAAGCCGGAGAGCUUGAGGGUGUGAUAAAAGCACUGGAAACUCAUCUUAACCAAGUUGAAAAUGACUUCAAAGAAAAACUUGAAAAGGAAGUAUCCAUCAGGAAAGAUUGUGGAAAGGAGAUUGCUUCCUUAAAAGACAAGCUGGAGAAAUGCGAAGUUGAGAUUGAGAAUGCAAGGAAGGGCAGUGAACUAAGUCUUCUUCCAAUUUCCAGCUAUCAAGUUGACUCUAAUGUUGAAAAGCUAGUGAAUGAUAAAGAUGAGGUCGAUGAUGAUAAUCAGCGUAUGAUUGUCCCCAGGAUACCCACUGGUAUUUCAGGAACUGCCUUAGCUGCUUCACUUCUAAGGGAUGGUUGGAGUCUUGCAAAAAUGUAUGAGAAAUACCAAGAAACUGCUGAUGCAUUGCGGCAUGAGAAAUGGGGGCGAAAGCAUUCGGAGGCCAUAUUAGAACGAGUUCUUCAUGAAAUAGAGGAGAAGGCUGAAUUAAUUCUCGAAGAACGAGCUGAACAUGAGAGAAUGCUGGAGGCUUACUCGCUGAUGGAUCAGAGAUUGCAGCAGGCUCUUCUGGAGAAAGAUAAUUUUGAGAAUACAAUUAGGAAGUUGAAGGCUGACUUGAAGAGGUGUGAUCGAGAUUAUACCAUUGCAGAAAAGGAUAUCAGUGAUCUGCAAAAGCAGGUUACAAUCCUACUGAAGGAAUGCCAAGAUGUACAACUUCGUGGAGCUACCACUCAAUCUCGUGCCAAUAAUUCUAUUAGUACAAUUUCACUUGAUAUUGAUGCCGGCUUGGAUGUCGAAAGAGUUAUUUCAGAACAUCUUUUGACAUUUAAAGACAUAAAUGAGUUAGUUGAGCAAAAUGUCAAGCUUCGAAGUGCCGUUCGUAGUCUUUCUAGCCAGGUGGAAAAUAAAGAUUCAGAAUUAAAGGAGGGUUUACAAAUGGAGCUCCAUAAAGUUAUUGAUGAUGCUUCAGCAAAGGUUGAGGCUGUUUUGAGAAGAUCUGAGGAACAAGGGCGCAUGAUUGAAUCUCUUCACAGUUCUGUUGCUAUGUACAAGAGAUUAUAUGAAGAGGAGCGGAAAAUGCGAGUUUCUGGUCACCCAUCUCUUGUAUCUGUUCCUGAAGAUGGGAAAAAGGAUCUUGUACAACUUUUGGAAGGCUCUCAGGAAGUGUCCAAGAAAGCUCAUGAGGAACUUGCAGACCGUGCUAGAGUUUUUGAAGAGGAAUUGACUAAAAUGAGGAAUGAUGUUACAUCAUUACGUUUAGAGCGUGACAGAAUGUCUUUGGAAGCAAAUUUCGCAAGAGAACGACUCGAUAGCCUCCUCAAAGAUACUGAACUUCAGAAACAGGAAGCGAAUGCAGUUUCUGCCCGUAAUGUGGAGCUGACACACCUCCUGGUUGAGUACCAAAAGAGGGUUAGAGAAAGUUCUGAUGCUUUAAAUGCUGCUGAAGAUAAUGCACGGAAGCUGUCUAUGGAGAUUUCUAUUCUAAAACAUGAAAAAGAAAUUCUGAGCAGUUCAGAAGAAAGAGCUUCUGCUGAAGUCCGUAGUCUAUCAGAGAGAGUACACCGUCUUCAGUCCAGCCUAGACGCUAUCCAAAGCAGUGAGGAGAUUCGAGAGAAUGCAAGAGGUAUGGAGAAGAGAAAGCUUGAAGAGUAUUUAAAACGAAUUGAAGUAUGCCCUUCUUUUUGA